CCUUCCGGGUCAUCCGGAAGUGACCCUCGGCCCAGCAGUUGCCAUGGAAGUGGCCGGGCGCGUUGCUGGGCGGAGGGAAGAUGGCGGUGACUAGCUGGCUGGAGAGCUUGCGGGCUGCCGAGAAGACGGCGCUGCUGCAGGACGGGAAGAGGAUGGUGCACUAUUUGUUCCCGGAUGGGAAGGAAAUGGCGGAAGAAUACGAUGAGAAGACGAGUGAACUCCUUGUGAGAAAAUGGCGAGUGAAAAAUGCCCUGGGAGCCUUGGGCCAGUGGCAGCUUGAAGUGGGAGAGCCAGUGCUCUCAGGAGCCGGGAGCCUGGGGUCUGAGCUCAUCAAGGAAAGUAAUGCCAAUCCCAUCUUCAUGCGCAAGGACACCAAAACAAGUUUCCAGUGGCGGAUUCGAAACCUCCCCUACCCAAAGGAUGUCUAUAGUGUCUCUGUGGCCCAGAAAGAGCGCUGUGUCAUUGUUAGAACGACCAACAAAAAGUACUACAAGAAGUUCUCCAUUCCUGACCUAGACAGACACCAGCUUCCUCUGGAUGAUUCUGCACUGAGCUUUGCUCACGCCAACUGUACCCUGAUCAUCUCUGUAAGAUUUGCCCAGACUUGGCAUCAGGAAGAGCUUCCUCUUCCUCACCUACUUCCCUGGCUCCAGGCAUCCCAAGCCCUAGUAUCAGAAGCCAAAGGAGGUCCUGGCGGCUGAGUCAGAGCUACAGAAGGAGCUAAAGAAGGUAAAGACGGCCCACAGCAGUGAUGGGGACUGUAAGACCCAGUAGCUGUCCUGAGCCUUGCACCUCCAGUGUGGAGGAAACUGAGACUUGUGGGCUUGGCUCUUCUGGCACGGGCAGCUUCUUCUCGUCUAAGAACUAGCUCUUGGGGCGCAGCGUGUUUCUGCCCACCGUUUUGUUCCUGAGUAAAGUCAUUUGGAGUUGUUCUAGAAGGAUUGCCCUUUUAUCGACUUCUGUAUGUUGCCUGUCUCCAGGCAUCCUAGCCUUCCUAGGGAAGAUGCUGGUGUGGUGACCCACCCCCCUCCCAUCCUGGAGACCUUGCCACACAACCGUUCCAGCUAAAGGAGGGAAAAGUAGAGAUAGGACCAUGCACCUGUAAACUCCCUUGUGCUGGCUUGCCUUAUACAAGUGGCUUAGGAAGGACUCACCUGAGGCAGAGGUGAGCACAUCAGCAAUCUUGGAAAAAACAGAACGUUAAGAUGCCAUGGUUAUUAAAGUGAGCACGGUUACAGGUUA